AAGUCUUCAGAAUAUGGGGAGUUAAUAGAGAUUCAGUGAAGUAAAGUGAAGAUGCAUGAAUUUGGAAUUAUGAUGUACAAUGAAUUUCUAAUACUGUUUUCUAUCGCAGGUCAGUUGCUCCGGUUAAAAAUGUUUCGAGAGGAUCAUGGGUCAUGGAUGACAAUGUUCUUCAGCACAAUUCUGUUUCUCUUCAUAUUUUCUCACAUCUACAACACGAUUCUUCUAAUGGAUGGGAACAUGGGAGCAUAUAUCAUUACAGACUAUAUGGGCAUCCGAAAUGAAAGUUUCAUGAAAUUAGCUGCAGUAGGGACCUGGAUGGGGGACUUUGUCACAGCUUGGAUGGUCACUGAUAUGAUGCUUCAGGACAAACCCUAUCCUGAUUGGGGAAAAUCUGCAAGAGCUUUCUGGAAGAAAGGAAAUGUUAGGAUCAUUUUAUUCUGGACGGUUCUGUUUACUCUCACUUCUGUGGUUGUACUUGUCAUUACAACUGACUGGAUCAGCUGGGACAAGCUGAAUCGGGGAUUUUUGCCCAGUGAUGAAGUUUCCAGAGCAUUCCUGGCUUCUUUCAUCUUGGUCUUUGACCUCCUUAUUGUAAUGCAGGACUGGGAAUUCCCACAUUUUAUGGGAGAUGUUGAUGUAAAUCUUCCUGGGUUGCACACUCCUCACAUGCAGUUCAAGAUUCCUUUCUUCCAGAAGAUCUUCAAGGAGGAAUAUCAUAUUCACAUAACAGGUAAAUGGUUUAACUAUGGAAUUAUCUUUCUUGUCCUGAUUUUGGAUCUUAAUAUGUGGAAGAACCAGAUAUUUUAUAAGCCUCAUGAGUACGGACAGUAUAUAGGCCCAGGGCAGAAGAUAUACACAGUGAAAGACUCUGAAAGUUUAAAGGAUUUGAACAGAACCAAACUUUCCUGGGAAUGGAGGUCCAAUCACACUAACCCUCGGACUAAUAAAACAUAUGUUGAGGGAGAUAUGUUCUUACACAGCAGGUUCAUAGGGGCUAGCCUUGAUGUCAAGUGUCUGGCUUUUGUUCCGAGUUUAAUAGCUUUUGUGUGGUUUGGAUUCUUCAUUUGGUUCUUUGGACGGUUUUUGAAAAAUGAGCAAGGCAUGGAGAAUCAAGACAAAACUUAUACUCGCAUGAAAAGAAAAUCACCGUCAGAACAUAGCAAGGACAUGGGGAUCACUCGAGAGAACACACAGGCCUCAGUGGAAGACCCACUGAAUGACCCUCCUUUGGUUUGCAUCAGGUCUGAUUUCAACGAGAUUGUCUACAAGUCUUCCCACCUAACGUCAGAAAACUUAAGCUCACACUUGAAUGAAUCUACCAGUGGGACAGAAGCCGAUCCAGAUCCAACAACUUCUAAAAGUACACCUACGAACUAGAUUCACUUACUUGGAGACAGCACAAAAAGCAACCUUGAGUGUAACUUUAAAAAGUUAGUCUUUCCUUUUGUAAAUGUAAAGUUUACGUAGUGUUAGGUAAAGAAACACAAACAAUGCCACAACGGUGCUCAACAUGCUUUUUCUAGGACUCAUUGUUUUCUAUUUGUAUUAUAAUCUACGUGCCUACUGUAUAUCUAACAGUCCUUUAGAGAUUGCUUUUCACAAUUGCACAAGCUAUUUACUGACUUUACAGCAUAGAAGAAGAUUAGCUGAUUACCCGUGUAUCUGAUGUUCAACCAUAGUGGUGCCUUGAGACAUUAAACUGUUUUUAACUGUACCAGAAAUGAAGUGUGGAACAGUUCUCUAACCUACUUCACAUGGGGUGUUUUUUUGUUUUUUUUUUUGUAUACAAUUAUUUUUGAUCUACACUUGAUGUCUUAGCAGGAAACAGAUCUAGCCAAUAUGUGGCUUAGGAAGUAUCUCUUUUACCUAUUCAGCAGUGGAGUUGAUGACUCUGACAGCAGGAUUGCAGAGAAGCAUGGUGAUUGCCUUCGAAUUUGUAUUGGCUAUCUGCCAAAUACAAAUACAGAUUCAAAAUUCAGUAAUAGGAGAACGAUAAUCCAGCAUGGGUCACUACUUGUGAAAUGUGACUUUCUCCAACCAGUAAUUGCAAUUAGAUGAUAAUACCUAAUUAUGUUUUCCUAAUUAAAGAUAAAUUGCUACUUGAUUAAAAAUCCUGCCCUUCACCUAUGGGAACAAAGGUUAAGAGGCACAGUUGGAUGAACUCUCAAACUUAUUGGCAUUUACACAAAGCUCUAGAAAACCAAGGAACUGAAGUUUUAAUCAUGUGAAGGUUGUACAGCCUACUAUCUACAAUAUUUGUACAUCUUUCUGUAAAUAUGGCUCUGGACAAUGAAAAUUGAACAACAUAUGCCAACCCUGAAUAAGGGAACUCCUCUAAAAAUUAUGCAGCAGAACCUUGUGAGGUAGAAAAAGAAGUGCAUGAACGAAUCUGUUUAGUAGCUUGUUUUGUGUGUUUUUUGUUUUUUUUUUUUUAAGAAUUAAACAUCAUACAUUAAUAAAUAUGAAUUAUACAUCAGUGAAUCUGUGAUGUAGUUUUUUGUUUAUAAUGGAUUCAUUUGUAUAUUAAUUUAACAACAGCCCAUUUAAUUUUAACUUGAUGCCAGAUGAGUUAAAAAAUGGAACAUACCCAACUUGCUUUUAAUUUUGUUCCAUAAAUUGUGGUUGCAUGUUCUUCAGGGGGUUGGGGAGAUCACUUUUAAGGCAAAAUUAUUCUCCUGUCACAUACUGACAUAACUGUAUUUUGUCUUUAUGAUUUUUAAAAUAUCUCUUGUUUUGAUCUAUCUGCUUUUAAGCUUGCAGCAUGCUGAAUUUAGCAUGUGUGAUAGAACUAUGUAUUUAUCUGUCACUUGAGA